AAACCACCCUGUUAAUCAACUGAUUGGGUUUUUCUGGCGAUAAGGUGAGAUGUUGGGAAAUUCCACAUGAAAACAAGAAUGUGUGGAAAAAUUCACGCGUGUUCUAAUGGUUAUCGAUUAUAAAGUUCGGUCUUGAUUCUUUCGCUUCCGAUUUUCACAGAAGACACGGUUUCGUCAUUAUUGUUUUCCGAAAUCUUGCUGAAAAUAACAAGGUCAGCAUGUGGAGCUUAAUUGGAACACGUCACUCUAAUUAAGUCCUUAACUGCCGUUUUUAAAAUUCAUUAAAUUCAACUUAAUUGUGUUUGCUUUGGUUGAAAAAAUCAAAUGCAAUGCUAGUGACGUGACGCAAAAUGAUAAAUUAACAACUUAUUGCUAAUCUAUCAAGGUUCCCAAAAUUAAUUUUGGGUUGGCUUUCCUUUCUGUAUCCUGGACACCGUAAAUUAUUAAAAAAAUUAGACACCAACGUCAUUUCCGACAAUGGUUCUUGGAACUGGAGAUUUUAUUCUUCUUGUGGUCACAAUAAUUUUCGUGGUAGCUGAUAUUAUUCUAGGACUGUGUGUAACUUUUGCUUUACCCAACCAUGCGAAAAGACCUGGCUGGUUCUCCGCGGACGGAAAAGCACGCACAUUUAAGGAAGCUACAAAUAUUUGUCCCUGUUUGGAAAAAGUGUUUCCCGAAGGUAGCAAAGCACCGAUUAAAUUCCACAAAGUCAAGCACAUCAAACUUGAGAAGCGAUCAGCACCGGAAGACCUCAUAACUCAACAAAUUCAGGAAUAUCCCUUUCUGGUAUCUUUGAGUAUUCCCGCAUAUAGCGACGAUCCUAGCGAGAAAUUAUUCGCUUGUAAUGGUCUGAUUCAAGAUGCAAAUUGGAUCGCAACAACUCAAACUUGUGUGCGAGAUAAAUCCGAAUGGUUCAAUCUAACUGUACGCUCAGGAAGCUUUUUUUGGUCACGAGGUGGAGUCGAACACUCGGUGAUUGACGUUCGUGAGAAUGCUGACGAUGGUCUGGUUUUGUUAAAAGUCACACCACCGUUCAGUGGAAAUUUGCUUCCACUUCCGCCAAUUAAACACUUUUAUAACGGAAACUGGACCUAUGCUGUCUCACUAGGAUGGGAUGAUAACAUGUACCAAAAACACCUGACGUCCAGAUUCAAAUACAAACCUUUCGAAGUCCAAAAAUGGACCUCCAAGAGUUGUGAUUCCAAAGUUAGUAAUAUUUGUAACAUGAAAGAAAGAAGCGAAAUUUCCAGCAAACCGUUACUGACAAGUUGCCACCAAAUACUUGGAAUGAAGACUGUUAAAAAUAAUGACUUUGGUUUGACUGAUCUCAGGAAUUCUAAUGACGAAAAAACGGGGAAUCGGGAGUCUAAAUGUUUUCCGAUAUAUGAAGACACUUGUGGUUCUACUGAUCGUGAAGUUUGUCAGAGUUAUUAAUUUUUGUUGAAUUAAAUAAAUUAAUGUAUUUGUUUAAA